AUGAAGUCGCCCAUCCCCGACUAUCUCAAACGCGUACUUGAGAAUGCUCGCCCCAACGACGAUGGAGAACCAGCGGACUACAUCGAUGUGCUAGCGAAAGCGGACACGUCCAAGAUGGCAGUGGCUCUGGCCAUGGUUGACGGCAAUCUCUACUCAGCGGGAGACGACCGGGUCGAAUUCUCAAUCCAAUCGAUUUCCAAAGCCUUUGUCUAUGCGCUGGCUAUCGAGGACGCGGGAUUGUCGCGGGUAUUGGAAAAGAUUGGCGUAGAGCCGUCCGGCGACGCUUUCAAUCGGCUCUCGCUCGAACGCGGCAGCAAUCGGCCCAUGAACCCCAUGAUCAACGCCGGAGCCAUCACGGCACACACACUAGUCGUCUCGCCUGACGCUACGGUGGAGCAGAGGACGGAACGUAUCCUGAAGACGUUGUCAAGACUCGCAGGCCGGGAACUUCACGUCGACGAGGAGGUCUAUCAGGCCGAACUCAAGGAUGCGGAUCGCAACAUGAGUAUCGGAUAUAUGCUAAAAGCAACCGGCAUCAUCACCUGCGAUCCGCGAGACGCCGUGAAGGGUUACAUUCGCCAAUGCUCCAUCAAUGUCAAUGUCAGGGACUUGGCCCUGAUGGCAGCAACUCUCUGCAACAGCGGUGUGAACCCCAUCACUGGAGACCAUAUUAUCCCUCAAACCAGUGUCCGUCAGGUUCUCUCUAUCAUGACUACCUGCGGAAUGUACGAUGCUGCAGGCGACUGGGUUUCCAGGGUGGGUAUCCCAGCGAAAAGCGGCGUGGCUGGCGGCAUCCUCGGGGCUCUACCGGGCCAAGUAGGUCUCGCAGCUUUCUCCCCCAAGCUUGACGGGCGCGGAAACAGUGUGAGGGGCGUCAUGAUCUGUGAGCAGUUGUCACGAGACAUGGGCCUGCACAUGAUGGACGCCAGCCAGGUCGCCGGUGCCACUGUGCGCACCUCAGUAGCCACAAUCGUUGGGGGAUAA